CUUGUUUCUGGGCUUUAGUUUAGAUUUGGCAACACUGUAAUUGAAUGAACUAAGCCUAAUGACUGAAUGAUACUUUGAACUAAAUGAACGGUUUGUUCGGAUACACUUACAAGAGCAGAUACAAAUGUUGAAAUAAUCCGUUACUUGGUUGAAAAACUAGUUUUCGAAGCUUACUCAUACUAAAAAAAAAAGUAACGACAAAAUGACGUAAUCCUCCAAUAUGGCGGAUGACGCGCGCGCUCCCUGCCGCCCGCGCUCGUAGUUUCUUCACCAACUGCCACUCGUCUCGAAUGAUUUCACCUUGCGAUGAAUGAAAAUUGUUGUAGACAGCCCGAGUGCGUAUUAUUCACAUAAUAAACUCAUCACCGCACCGGACAUACAAGGUGUAUUGUGAUACAGUGCGUCUAAAGGUGGAUUCGUGGUUGUGUUUUUACCAGUUCUCCCUUUUGUGAGACCGUUGUGUUUACGUGCCGAAAAAUCAUCGAGUGCAAAAUCUACAGGUCUCUGGAGUCGCCGGUGCAGUGUUUAAUGGGAUCUUGUUGAUCAACAGGUUCUGAAGGUCGAGCGGCAAGAUGCCGGAGGGAGUGGCGAAAGAGGAUGCGAAGGGGAAGGCCAAGGAGGCCUCGCCGCGACGCCGCCCCUCAGGCAACGUCGUCAAGGUCAAGGUGGAACUCCUCGAUGGCUCCAUCAUGGAACUUGACGUCGAUAGAAAGAUCAGAGGCCAGAGUUGCUGGGCAAGGUGUGCGACAAACUGAACCUCGUGGAGAAAGAUUACUUCGGGCUGCUGUACGAGGACCGCGGGGACCCGCGCGUCUGGGUCGACCUCGAGAAGAGGCUCUCCAAGAUGCUCAAAUACGAACCCUGGUCAGUGCGAUUCUCAGUGAAAUUCUACCCUCCGGAGCCGGCACAGCUGCAGGAAGAACUCACGCGGUAUCAACUAGUGCUGGCUGUCAGAAAAGACUUACUUGAAGGUCGGCUCCCUUGUUCAUCAGUAACGCAUGCGUUAUUGGCGAGCUACCUCCUGCAAUCGGAGCUGGGUGACUACGAGGCGUCGGAGUCGGGUGCCGCGCUGUGCAAACAGCUCAAGCUCGUCCCCGCCGCCGCCGCCACGCCAGACCUCGAGGAGAAAGUCAUCGAACUGCAUAAGACCCAUAGAGGUCAGACGCCAGCGGAGGCGGAGCUAAAUUACUUGGAGAAUGCGAAGAAGCUGGCGAUGUACGGCGUGGACCUGCACCCCGCCAAGGACUCCGAGAAUGUUGACAUCACCCUCGGAGUCUGCUCCUCUGGCCUGCUCGUACAUCGGGAGAAACUACGCAUCAACCGGUUCGCGUGGCCAAAGAUCUUGAAGAUCAGCUACAAACGUCACAACUUCUACGUGAAGCUGCGGCCGGGCGAGUUCGAGCAGUUCGAGUCCACGGUCGGGUUCAAGCUCGCUAACCAUCGCGCCGCCAAGAAACUCUGGAAGACCUGUGUCGAACAUCAUACGUUCUUUAGACUGAUGUCCCCGGAGCCGGCCCCGAAGAGCUCGUUGUUCCCGCGGCUGGGGUCGAGGUUCCGCUACAGCGGACGCACGCAGUACGAGUCGCGCAACAACGCGCCGCAGCGCGCGCCGCCACACUUCGCGCGCACGCUCUCCAACAGGAAGCUCUCCUCGCGCAGCAUGGACGCGUUGGCAGCCGGGGAGAAGGAUGAAUCAAUGCCACCGGACGCGGCUAAGCGCCACACCAUGCCGCCGCAACCAGCGCCGCGACCCACCAUCAAAGACAAGAAGCCACCUCCAGGAGCGGUGAAGGUGAUGCCCACAGCCCCUCCAGACAAGAAGGAUGAAAAGAAAGCCUUGGAGCAAAGGAAACCUGCUGAAAAUGGUACAGACACGACCAGUGACCCAGGUAUCACAAACAACGUCGACACUACUCCUAAGAAGUCCAAGACCGGAGGAUUCGGACUGUUCGGUGCUAGAAAGGAUAAGUCGCCUAAAGAAGAGAAAUCACCCAAAGACAAGUCUCCGAAAGAAAAAUCACCCAAAACGAAAGAUAAGGUCAAAGACCCGAAGAUUAAAGUGGCCGCGCUUGAUACGUCCAAUGACAGUUCCAAUCUCGAUAGUUCACUUGACAAGAGCCCUUCGAAGGGCGACGAAACCUUCGUUCACCAAACCAAGGAGCCCAUAUCUGAUGAGAAGCAACGGGCUUUAGAUGACAGCCAAAGCCCCACGACCAGAAAAGCUGGCCUUGCUUUCAACUACGCCCCUGGAGAAGAUAAAAAAGUCGCAGAAAGCGCAGAGAAGCGCAAAACACCAGAGGAUCCUAGCAAGCUUAAGACGCCAGGACUGGAUUACGUGCAGUCGGCAGCUCUGAAGGAACAAGCUAAGAACUUAAUAGAUCCUACUCUAGCCUUACUCGACUCUGAAAGAUCUCAUCAUGAAGCGCCUGCGGCUUUACCUGUGGUUGCAGCUAAACCAGACAAUGAAAUCCAAGUAGUCAUUAUAACUGGUCGCUAUAACCCUAAGUCGAAGAAACUCGAUGAUGCAAAUGGCACCAUUUUGGUCACCAAGGGAACAUUGAAUAAAGCCAAUGGCAAAAUUCAAACAGAUAAAGAACUUAUUAAUACAAAAUCUGGACAAGUCAGUUACACAGACCCUGCUACAGGCAAGCAAGAGGUCAAGAAUGGACAUGUUGACAAAUCAGGACACAUACUUUUCACCUCGGGGGUCAUUGACCCUAAGACGGGCAAGAUUGACCCAACGUUGGCUCAACAAUAUUGCUUUGUUGAAAAAUCCGCAGACAAGGUUGGAGCCAAGCCAGGACGUGAAGUCGACUUAGUUGUUAUCACUGGCAAAUAUGACGGUAAGAAUAAGAAACUCGACGCGUCUCAUGGACACGUAGACGUUUCCAGGGCAGUGGUUGGUCCAGACGGCAAUGUUGCCUCAAAUUACGGCGUCAUUGACCCAAGAACAGGCAAGAUUGAUUAUAUCGAUCCCAAAUCUGGCAAAGAAGAACCUAAACAAGCUUACGUUGAUCAGAAAACUGGAAACAUUUUAGUUACAACAGCUGUUGUAGAUCCCAAAUCUGGCAAGGUCGACUCCUCGCUUGGUCAGCAGUUCAGCAUAGUAGAAAAGGAUGCGACCAAAGCAAACCGUGAAGUCAGACUAGUAGUUGUCACUAGCAAAUACGAUCUUAAGACAAAGAAAUUAGAACCAACAUUCGCUCACGUAGACUCUGUCAAGGGAGUUCUGAGUGGGACUGAUGGUAAAAUCUAUACAGAAUACGGUACCAUUGAUCCAAGAACUGGAGAAAUACAUGUCACUGAUCCUAAGACUGGCAAACAGGAGACCAAACAUGCAACAGUCGAUCCCAAGACUGGAAAUAUUCUGUUAUUGUCCGGAGUUGUAGACCCGAGAACUGGUCAGUUAGACACUUCGCUAGGACAACAGUAUAGCAUUGUCGACAAACCUAUCGAUACUUUUGCUAAUUGCUCUGGGAAAGAAGUGCAGGUUGUUGCCAUCACAGGCAAAUAUGAUUCCAAGGGUAAGAAGUUGGAUAAUCCUAAUGGAUUCAUAGAAACUUCUCGCGCCAUCAUUAGUGACAAAGAUGGUAAAGUCCACUCAAACUUCGGAGUACUGGAUCCCAAUAACGGCAAAGUUUACUUUACUGACCCUAAAACAGGUAAGCGUGAUUCUAAACAAGCCACAGUUGAUCCUAAGACUGGAAGCUUCAUACUUACAUCUGGGGUCAUUGAUCCUAAGACCGGCAAGACUGAUACAUCCCUGGGACAACAAUUGACAGUGGUCGAUAGGGACGCUCCUAAAGGCAUUCCUGAAAGGUAUGCCAACUUGGUAAUCGUCACAUCAAAGUAUGAUCCUAAACACAAGAAAUUGGACAUCACCAAUGCGCAUGUCGACAGCUUCCCAGGUAAAUACGACAAUGAUGACAAAGUCCACACUGACUUCGGUGUAGUUGAUCCGGCUACCGGUGAAAUAAUUAUCACUGACCCCGUCACAGGCAAACAGGAAGUAAAGAAGGCUGCCGUUGAUCCUAAGACUGGCAAUUUACUUCUCACAUCAGGUGUUGUUGAUCCUCAGACUGGCAAAGUUGAUCCCACAUUGGGACAACAGAUCACAGUUGUAGACAAGCCCAAGGACACGUUCCCAUCAGUGGCUGGAAAGGAAGUACAACUUGUGGUGAUUACCAGCAAAUAUGACUCGAAAUACAAGAAGUUGGACAGCCCUAACGGAAAUAUUGAGACGUCGCGUGGUGUCGUUGCUGCUGACGGAAAAGUUCACUCCAACUUCGGAGUGAUUGACCCCAAAUCCGGCAAGAUGGAAUAUGUCGACCCUAAAACUGGCAAGCAGGAGCUCAAACAAGCUGUUGCUGAUCCUAAGACUGGUCAUUUGAUCGUUUCUUCUGGAGUUGUAGACCCAAAGACAGGAAAAGUUGACUCUUCCUUAGCGCAGCAGUUCGCCAUCGUUGAUAGAGAUAGAGUGGCACCUGAACGAUAUGUCAACCUCGUCAUUGUCACAUCCAAAUACGACCUUAAGAACAAGAAACUAGACCUUGCUAAUGCGCAUGUCGAUAGCGUACCUGGCAAGGUGGGUGCAGAUGACAAAGUGCAUACAGCAUUUGGUAUUGUUGACCCGAGCACUGGUGACAUCGUAGUAACUGACCCAGUUACAGGCAAGCAGGAGGUCAAGAAAGCUACAGUCGAUCCCAAAACAGGCAACCUUCUACUUACGUCAUCAGUGGUUGAUCCUGUGUCAGGACAUGUUGAUCCUACGCUAGGACAACAGAUCAGCGUUGUAGACAAACCUAAAGACAGCUUUGCUGCUGUACCUGGUAAAGAAGUGCAGCUGGUUGUGAUCACCAGCAAAUACGAUCCCAAGACUAAGAAACUCGACAAUCCCAAUGGCCAUGUCGAGACAUCUAGAGGUAUCCUCGCCGCUGAUGGAAGAGUACAUACCAAUUUCGGUGUCAUUGACCCGAAGACUGGAAAGAUUGAACAUGUUGAUCCUAAGACCGGUAAACAAGAGAUUAAACAAGCGAUCUCUGAUCCACAAUCAGGACAUUUGAUACUAGCUUCAGGAGUAGUUGACCCUAAAACAGGAAAGACCGACUCGAGCCUUGCCCAGCAGUUCUCAAUUGUAGACAAAGAUGCACCUAAAGAAAGAUACGUUAACUUGGUUAUUGUGACAACUAAAUACGAUCCUAAGAGUAAGAAGCUAGACCUCAUCAAUGCUCAUGUAGACUCAGUACCCGGAAAGAUCGGUGCUGAUGGUAAAGUUCAUACCGAAUUCGGUGAAGUAGACCCAACUACUGGCGACAUCACCGUUAAAGAUCCAAUCACUAGAAAACGUGAGACUAAAGUAGCUACCAUUGAUCCCAAGACUGGUAAUCUCCUUCUGACUUCCGGUGUGGUUGACCCUCAAACCGGGCAAGUUGAUCCCAACUUAGGACAACAAAUAAGUGUUGUUGACAAACCUAAAGACACCUUCACACCAGUUCCUGGCAGAGAAGUUCAGCUGGUCAUCAUUACUUCAAAAUAUGAUCUUAAGAACAAAAAGCUUGACAACCCGAACGGUCACAUUGAGACGUCACGAGGUAUUGUUGCCGCUGAUGGCAGAAUUCACACCAACUAUGGCAUAAUUGAUCCGAAGACAGGAAAGAUUGAACACAUUGAUCCUAAAACAGGCAAACAUGAGACGAAACAAGCCGUGGCUGAUCCUGGCGUAGGUUUCAAAUCAGGUAAUCUUCUUAUAACCUCUGGUGUCGUAGACCCGAAGACCGGAAAACCAGACUCAUCGCUCGCUCAACAAUUUACGAUUGUCGAGAAAGAGACGAAACCUGUCGAAAGAGAGAUUCAUCUUGUCAUUAUUACCACGAAAUACGACCCGAGGACUAAGAAGAUUGAUCCUAGCCAAGGUCAUGUUGACACUAUCAGUGGUGUACUUGGAGCUGAUGGAAGGAUCCGAACAGCUGUUGGUAUCAUCGACCCUGCGACUGGAGAGAUCGUCGUUACUGACCCUAAGACCGGCAGACAAGAAGUCAAACGUGCUCAAGUACAUCCUGAAACUGGACAUAUGGUUAUUUCAAGCAAUGUAGUCGAUCCCCAAACUGGAAGGGUUGAUCCUACAUUAGUGCAACAAUACAGCAUUGUCAACAAACCAGUCGUACCCUUCACGAAACCAACUUCAAAGGGUGAGGUGCGUCUGGUAAUCAUUACCAGUAAAUACGAUCCUUACACUAAGUCAGUGGACGCUAAUGCAGGAAACAUCGAAGCUGCUAAAGGUUAUGUUAGCGCUGAAGACGGCAAGAUUCACACAGACUUUGGUAUUAUUGACCCAAGAUCUGGUCAAAUCCUCUACAAAGACCCGAUAACCGGCAAACAAGAGCUGAAACAAGCUGAAAUCGAUCCUAAGACAGGAAACCUGAUAAUAACUACCGCCGUAGUUGACCCCAAGACUGGCAAAGUAGAACCCUCAUACGCGCAGCAGUUGAGUAUUGUUGAUAAGCAGAAUGUGUUGUCUAAAGUAGCGCCAGUGUCACAGAGAGCUAGCGUGUCCCCUGCCAGGCAGGUCCCAUCGCCUGUAAAGACCCCGGCCCCCACACCAGUACAGACACCACUGCAAUCUCCCGUCCGUACAUCAUCACCCAUUACCAGCUACGCUCAAAAAUCAUCACCACUCACACCGACAGUUAAAUCACCAGUAAAACCGACUUCAGCACCUCCAGAACCACCUAAGAGGAAGAUUGUUAAGAUCAUGGUUGUCUUUACAAAACUCGAUCCUAAGACUAAGAAGCCUGAUCUUCAUACCGCUGAAGUGGAACAUCUCACUGGCAUUCUUGACCCCAAUGGAUUGAUUGAAACUAAGUACGGUGUAAUUGAUUCCAAUACUGGAAACAUAGUUAUUACUGAUCCUGCUGGUCAGAAGCAGACCCGCGAAGGCUACGUAUUGACUGAAACUGGACAAAUCUUUAUCAACUCUGGUGCAAUUGAUCCUAAAACAGGCAAAAUUGAUCCUAAUUUAGGCAUGAUCCUCAGUGUUGCUAAACAAGAAGAUCCAGUAGUCGAAAUCACAACAAUUACUGGUCCCAUUGACCCUAAAACAGGUAAAGUAGACAUUGACAAGGGCACAGUAGAACACACUAAAGCUGUCCAUAUUGAUGAGAAUAAUGGCCUCAUUACUAUCAAAGGUGUCGUAGACCCGAAGACAGGCAGACCUGAUCCUAACCUAGGACAGGUUAUUGUUGUCGGAACUCACAUCGACCCAGUGGUUGAAGUGACCACAUUUGUUGGAAAACUUGAUACCAAGAAGGGACUCAUCGAACCCAAACAUUCACUAGUAGAAAGCAGUACCGGUCAAAUCAACCCUGACAAUAACAAAAUUGAUACCAAAUUCGGACAAAUCGAUCUUGUCAAGGGAACUGUUACGUACAAUGAUCCCAAAACAGGCAAGUUUGAAAGUAGGGAGCUCAAGGUUGACCCCGUUACUGGUCAGUUCUUACUGAAGACUGGACAGAUCAAUCCUAAAUCUGGAAAGCCGGAUAAGGACGUCGCUAGAAUGAUUUGCUUGAGAAUCAUUAAGAACAAGAUUGAUCCCGUGUCUGGCAAACAAAUUGUAUCAAACGAUCCCAAGAACGUUAAAGUUGAUCCUAAGACCAACCAGAUUUGGAUCGCUGGACCUAAAGACCCAGUGUCCGGUGAAGUCAUUUACACAGCUGGUCAGGUCGACCCUGUCACCGGUUACAUCAUCUCAAUUUACGGUCGUCUCGACCCCAAGACUGGUAUUAUCGUCAGAACACAUGAUGUUGACAAGUCACUCAUUAAAGUUGACCCCGUCAAUGGACAAAUCUACACCGCGACUGGAGAAGUUGAUGAAAACAACCAACCUCUAUACUCUGCGUCACAAGUCGAUCCCAGCACUGGUGAGAUUUACACCAAACUCGGCAAAAUCGAUCCUCAGACGGGUAGGUUGAUCAUCAUUAAGAUCUAUAUCAUCACACAGAAAGACGACAAAGGAAGAGUCAAGGAAGUCGAUCCCAAGGAAUGCACCAUCGAUGAAACAACUGGCAGAAUCAUCACGACGAAAACAGUGUAUUUGUACCAGAUCAUUGAUCCCAUUACUGGAGAAACUAUCGACGUCGACCCAGACGACCCGAGGUUGAAGGGCGCGCGCACAACUGUCACACAAACUAUGACGUUAUCAGGCAAGAUCGACCCUGUCACAGGCAGGAUUAAAACGGAAUACGGAGAUAUCGAUCCCGACACAGGCGACAUAGACCCCAGCACGGCCGUCAGAGACCCGGUCACCGGACAACUCAUUCUCCACUACUCACAAAUAGAUCCCUCGCACUUCGAAGACAAGAGUGGAAACUACACGAUAGAGAAAGAAACACAAGACUUGCCGGCCAACAUCGACAUACAGACGGUGAACACGCAUAAGUUCUCUACUUUCGGCAAGGACGAGAGUCCGCUGAGAGGAGACGAACCUAAGACGUUCACCGAGUACACGACGAGCGAGCACAUACGGCACCAGGGCUACGUGUCGUCAUCCACUCCUAUAUCCUCCAAGAUCCCGGUUUCACAGCGCUCUAAGAAGACGCCGACCCCUCCCGUCGUGGUGAAGACCACCACCAAACAGCUCCUGACGAAAAAUGACGAGGGCGUCACACACAAUGUGGAACAGGAGGUCGAGAACCUCGGCACCGGCGAGGUCACCUUCUCCACACAUACCAACAAGGCGGAAAGCCUUGAGCCGAUGGAGGGUCCCGGCAAGAGUCCAUACGUGACGGCGCGCGCGGUGACCACGCGGACCGCCACUACUCACCACGAUCUAGAUACCAAGGCCAAGACGCAGCAGAUGGAGGAGAAGACAGUGGCGCACACACUCACUUCGUCCGCCACCAGGCAGGAGCAGCGCGUGGUCACGCAGGAGGUCAAAACCAUGGUGACUACUGGCGACCAGCUAACUAGACGCGGGUCAGAGUCCUCGGUGAGCAGUGGUGACUCGGGCACUCCCAUCGACUUUGACGAAGGAGCUGGUGAAGGACAUUACUACGUCACGGAGCCGGGCUCGUACAAGACGACGACAACGAGCACGGUGAUGGGGAACGCGCCAUUCGGCAGCAUGGUGCACGGUGCUACCACUAGGACGAGUACGGGUCCUGUAGUGACGGAGCCGGUGGAGGUGACGGAGACGGAGGAAGUGCUGGCGGACGGAGAGGUUGUCUCCUCGCAGACCAUCAGCUCUAAGACGCGCACCGUCGAGACCAUCACCUACAAGACGGAGCGUAACGGUGUGAUCGAGACACGCGUGGAACAGAAGAUCACCAUCCAGUCCGACGGGGACCCCAUCGACCACGACCGAGCACUCGCAGAGGCUAUACAGGAGGCCACAGCGAUGAACCCAGACAUGACAGUCGAAAAGAUCGAGAUCCAGCAACAAAGCACGCAACCCUAAGCUACAGCAACACGUUGCAACGUCCACCUCGUGCCCCGGGCCUCGGACCCGGCCUGUAUGUAUAUCUAGGUACAUACCCUAGUUGUAAGCGAUAACAAUGCGAAUAUUAAUCACUAAGUUAUUUAAAUACAAACAUUUAUAUUGAUUAAUUAAUAAACUGUUAAUUAUAUUUAAUAUUUGAUGUUGUCACGUCGUGCACUUUACGAUUUUUGGGCGAAGGGAGGGUCUACAGUAGUAGGACAUUGUGUCGAUAUACAUUAUUGUGUAUAGGAAUGUUUAUGUAUCGAUAUGACGAUAUAUCGAGUUUGUUACAUCACAAUGGCCUCAAUAAAGUUGCUACAAUUUUCAGAAUAAACAAGUUAAUCUUGUCUCGUAUACGGUAUUUGAUGACCGGCCGGCUCGCCCUCGCCCUGGAAAAUGCAAUUUUAUAUUGUAAAAUAUUAUCGAUAAGUAUUGCAGCAUUUUUCUUUUUUAUUAUUAAGCUUAGGCUAAGGCAUCCAUAAAAUCCGGACGGCAUAGGGCUUCGUAGAGAUAUAAAUGUUGCCAUAGUAAAAAAAUAUAAAAAUGUUUUGUAUUACUAUAUGAAAAAAUCAUUUAAUGCCUUGUGUUUGACAAAUCUGGCUGGAUAUUUCGAAAUACGUGUGUAAGCGCAUUGCUCAAAUCAUUUGUCUAUUUAGCUUCGUUAUAGUUGGAUGAACAACUAUCACUGCCAAUGAAAGCUGUUGUAAUCGUGAAUUGUAUACCUCUCGUAGAUUUUCUAAAUUACAAUCAUGCUAGAAUUAGCCUUAAACAUUUAAAUCACAAUACAAAAAAUGUAAUUAUAUGAAUAUCUUCUCGCAUCCAGCCAGGUUAAGGCACGAGCUAGUUUUCUAUAACGGAAUAGCUUUAAAAUACUGUCACACGAGUUAGACCACCGUAUUUAGAUAUGUAAAAUACAAAUUUAUUAAUUUUCUCCUCCCUUCUAUUGGAAGUGUCGGUAUACAAUGUAGUGCGGGACUAAUUGGUUAUCCAUCGAUACACUUGUCACGGUUUACCGAUACAUCGAUAUCGAUAAACUGUCGCAACACUAUCGGGAACUACAAAAGUAUAUGUUAUUAAAAAGAUAUAUUAUUGACGUGUUGCUAUGGACUAUAUUAUAUCUACGCGCUCGCUGUACUACGCACAUAGUAGAUACUGUUAUUAUUAUGAAGAAAAUAUCUUAUGAAAAGCUUUUACGGCUUAUUUAUAGUCAUCAAGUGAUAUAGCGAAUUUGUGUCGUGUGUGAUUGCAAUAAAGAUUUAAGAUCUAUAUACGUGGCUAGGCGCGUAGUGCAGCGAGCGAUAUAUUUCACCAUUAGGUGCUACUACUUAGGGUCUAGUGUUUACGUACAUUUGUAUGUGCCCGGCGGCGGGCCUCCAUUUUAUAUUUAAUAUUAGUUUGGCAGCUUUGGCUUGACGGACGGGAGGCACACUGACACCUAACUACGUAAAUAUUAUAAUAUAUAACACAGAUAUAAUGUUUGUUUGUUUCGUUAUCUUGUAAAGAUUGAGAUGUGUGCCAGUGCGUCUCCCGGGAAUGUAAACUAAGCUUAGUCGGUCAAUGUUAGAGAUUAGGGCCAGGCGAGCAUUUGUUGCAUUCGACAGUUCAGUGGAGUAACGAGGGACAUUCCAUAGUUCACAAACUUAUAUCUAGGAGUAAACGCUACAUCAUGACACAGAGUGUUUGUUUCUUAUUAUUUUUGUCUUAAGAUUAUUUCUAUACGGUCGCGGCGCACUUAACGAGCUCACAACAAUAUGAUACACAUGUAUGAAUAUACUGAAACAUCUGAUUAAGCAAUUAUGCCACCUAAGUCUUUGUUAUGUACAGUUGAAAUAGUUUGACAUCGCACAAAACUUGUUCUUACAGAGCUCGCCAAGUGCACGCGACCGCACUAAAUAAGUUGGAAUGAUACUGAUAUUGUACAAUUUAUUAUUAUUAUUAUACUAUAAUAUUAAUAUAUUUCAUACACGCUAGACGUAAACAUUAUUUUAUAUUAGAGUUAAGUUUUAAACACUGAUUUAAAAUCAGAUUUUAUGUAUCAUGAUAACGACUUGUUUUAUUUACUUGAAUUACUAUAACACAUGUAUCCGUGUGCAUAAGUUUCAAGUAAAUAUAACUCUUGGUUAUCCUUUUUUUUAUAAAUUUGACAUUUUAUUGUAUUUAGUUCACGGAUGCUGUCAAAUGAUGGAUUAAAUGAAAUUAUUGAGUAACUAAUGUUUGUCUAUUACCUGUCUGAUUCACGUUGGUAUUGCGAGUGGAGCGCCGGGAAUUAAUGUUGAUAGAGUAAAGGGUUUUAUACAAAUUGUUUUAUCGAUAUUUGUUUCUUGUCCUGCACUUGAUAUUCUUCUUGUGUUAAUUUAUGACUCUGAUCGUGGCUGAUGUUUUGAGACAGGCAUUUUUUUAUACAUUUCCUCGUACAUUGUUUUGUAAUUGCAUAAAUGGUAAUAGUAUCUGAAUAUCACAUUGUGUCAGUAAUUAACGGUCCUAAUACUUUCAAUAAUAGUUUUCUUUAGUUUGUCAGUUUGUCUGUCUCAUAACAAUGGCGGCGUAUUGAGGUUAUAUUAUAUUUAUUGUAGAUGUUUAUUUUUGUAUCGAGUGGCCCUGCUCCGUAAGCGGUAUCGAGGAGAGUUAGGUAUUACAAAUAAACAAUGCUUUGUUUUAUAUACGACUUUUUAUUUUAUACCCUCCUAGCGACCCGCCCCGGCUUCGCACGGG